GUCGGGCUCAAGAUGGAGGGGGCGCUGCCCCCCUCCCCGUACCUCAGAGCAGGAAGGCAGCACUGGCGUUUUAGAUGCAGUCUGAGUCUGGGAAGUAUGAAGGAGAGACACCUUCUCUGCACUGGGGCUUGGAUCCUGUAUUUUCUGCAUUUGCAAGACUCUAUAUUAAAGAUAUUACAGAAAUGAGAGAAUCUAAACAGGUGCCAGGUAUAUUCUUUUAUAAUGGACAUCCAAUAAGACAGGUGGAUGUUGUUGGGAUAGUGGUUGAAAUGAAGGAGCGAGAUGCCUUUUAUAAUUGUGGAGUGGAUGAUAGUACUGGAGUUAUAAAUUGUGUCUGCUGGAAAAACCCCAUCAUAGCAGAAACACCUUUAUCAGGUCAUCCAAGCACACCCAGCAGUCUCAGUGUGUUUGAACAGAUGAAGAAGCUCCAAGAAACAAUAAGCCAAAAAACCAAGCUGGAGAUUGGAGAUGUUGUCAGGGUCAGAGGUCAAAUCCGAACCUAUAGGCAGCAAAGAGAAAUUCAGGCUUCAUGUUUUUAUAAAGUGGAUGAUCCCGUGUGUGAUGUCCAGAUUUCAAGAAUGCUGGAGCUCCCCUGUCUCUAUAGAGAAGUUUAUGACAAGCCUUUCAAGGGCCCUGAGGAAAUACAGAGUGGCCUGGAGGGUCAGGAUUUCUCAAUCCAUACACUGCAUGAGAAAGUGCAAGGCUUUCUAUUAGAAAACAAAAUUCAGACCUUUUACCAGCAGGAGUUGGAGACAGUUGAUUCUCUGGUGUCUCUGGCUGGUGUGCAUCUACCCAGCCCCAGCUGUCAGGAGGUGAAGUCAAAAAGUAACUCCAAUUCCAAAAGGAUUCACAGUGUUUUUAAGGAAGCAAUAAAGAUGCUACAAGAAAAAGGAGUUGUUUUCCAGAAACCUAGCAGUUCCAAGGACUUAUAUUAUGUGACUGACCAUGAUAAGGAUCUGUUUAAAAUGACCCUUGAUGUGAUUAAAGAAGACUGUCGAAAACCCAGGCAUGCUGAAAAAGGCUGCCAUUUCCUUCAUAUCCUGAGUUGUGUUCGGCAGAGCUACAACCCCUCUCUGGCUGAAGUGGUGAUGCACCGUGUCUUGGAACUACUGGAGAGUAACAGUGAUGUUGUCAGUACUAUGGAAGGAUAUUUUAUGGUAUUUUAAAGAGAAAAUAUAAUAAAGAGAGGUUGAGAUACUGUGAGAAGCUGUCGUUAGCUGGUAUAAUCUGGACAGUGGAUAAAAAAGAGCCUUUUGAAUCUCCAAAUGCUAUUUUUGCCCAACUUCAGAGAAAUUGUUAAAAUACUUGUUUUAAUAUUCAUGCUGACUUCUUUGCUAUUCCUAGUGAAAGUGGUAUCAAACUGAUUCUGGACAUUCUGAUCUAGCAGGGGAACUGGAAAAGAAACUGUGCUCUUUCCUAGGAGUAGGAUGAGACAUUGACCAUUCUCACAUCUGCAUCCAGUGGGCCUAAAGAAAAGUCAGUGCUAAAGAUCACUGUUAGAAGCAGUGGUCAUCUCUGGAGAUAUUCUUCUGGCUUGAUGUCUGAUCUUGCAAGCUUUCAUAUGGCAAUAGCUGCAGGUCUUUCUUCUUUCUUUCUUUCUUUCUUUCUUUAUGUGAACUUUGUGGCACCUAGAGAAAGAACACAUAAACAGAAGGAUUUGUUUGUCCUUCCUGGCAGUGUUGGUGCAUCUGUGAAUAUGUAUUCCUCAAUCUGGACUUUGCCACUACUAAAGCAAUCCUCACCAUUCUCUGUAAAGUGAUAUUCAGGAAGGGGGUCCUGCAUCCCUUCCCCAUCCUGCAGCCUUGCCCACUGGUUGUCAAGCAUGUCUGCAUUCCUCUGCAUUUGCAUCUGUGCUAAUGAUGCUUGUUGUGGUUUUUCUGCAUACCUGAAUUCUCAAAAUCAGUGACUGUUUUGCUAUUUCAGUUGCUUCCUACAUGACAAAUGGUAAAACAUAAAUUAGAUGCUUUGGAAAAGAAAUACAGAAGCCAUUGAGACCCACUGUAAUUUCCUCUGUCUGUUGCUUUUUGUGUCUUUUAUUCUUUGUCACUUUUGUGGUAAAAUACUGCCCAUAUCUGUGCUUGCAGAAGAACACAAGGCAUUGAUGAAACAUUGGACUAAAGAAGGUUACCAUGCAAGAAGUUUGAUCUGGAAUAAUUAUAACUCUGAUAUGUGCAACAGUUAAGAAACAAAGUUGUUCAAUAUUUAUCCUUAGAGACGGCUUGCUGCUGCAAG